AUGUCUUCUUCCAACGCCAGCCAGCAGAGAGAUAGAAUAUCUACACAGCAAUACCAAUGUGAUCAAUGUGUCUUGUUUUUUGAUAACUACCAGAAGCUGCAAAACCACAAGAGAAUUCACAGAGGAGAUUCAGCAACAAUGACUGAAAUUGACCAGUCUAUUCUGGAUGAUGUUGACAUGUACCAUGACAAAAAUGAUACUAGUAAUGAAGAUGAAUCUGUUAGCAAUUCAGAAUAUACUAUGGAGUCUAUGGAGCUUGAUAAUACUAUUUCAUAUAAGUGCGCAUGUAAUUUUGAGGACAGUGAGGGUGAAGCUCACAUUUACGACAGCAGCCGAAUCAGUACAAAUACUUUUACCAAGGCCAAGUUGAUGAGUAUUCAUCUGUCUCAAUUGAUGCUACAGCAUAGAAUUGCUAGAGCAGCAUAUAGAGACAUUGUUCAAUUUAUAAACACUGUCAUCCGAGACCAUGACGAUAUAAUGAUGGAACCUGGGGCUAAGAUCAGUCAUGGCGAAACUGUUGAUGCUUUGCUCAAGUCAAGGUCAAGUGUCAAGGGCCAUGAGUAUGAUGUCUGCUCUAGUGGUUGUCGAUUGUAUGGCAUUAAUGACGACCAGAAAUCUUGUACUGAUCCCGAUCAAAGUCAGACACCAGCCGCCAGUAUGAAAAUUAUGUCAGUUGGAGAUAUGCUUUCUCAAAUGUUGGAAGAUCCAGCCACAAGAGAACUCCACUGUUACAGAUCAAACUGGGAAUCUGUAGCUGGUCAGCUAACCGACAUUUUUGAUUGA